AUGUCAUUCAGUUGGUCAACACCCUCGAUUCCAUCAUAUCCUGGUAUUAAACCAGUAGCAACUAACAGUUUCGCUGAUGCACUUAAACGAUUAGCAGAACAUGUGGAAGAAAAAAAUAAAAUUAAUGCAAAUAAUAGUGGAACAUCUAGUCUUGUACAAUUAUCAACAGAUUUUCCUAAUCGAAUGCAUCCAUCUCAUGUAAAUAAUCCCAUGUCACCUGAACAAGCAUUACGAUUGUAUACACAAUAUAUUCAUGAGACUGAACGAAGAGAAGAUAUACGACGAUCUUAUCUUCGAACUUACAGUGGAUCUGAUGGUUCAAAUAUAAAUUCAUCUAUAUUGAAUCGACGACUUGAUGUCAAUGAUCCUUAUCGUUUUAUGGCACCUCGUUUAUCUGGUCCUUUUCAUCCUUCUUCAUAUUUUCCAUCACUUACACAACAAACAAGAAUGCCACCACCACCACCAUCAACAUUUUUAUUUUCGAAUAUUAAAACAACUGAUACAUUAUCACGUACUCCAACACAGGAAAAUACGGAUAAAAAAUCUGAACAAUCAUUGGGAUCAUCUAAACCAAAAUUAAAACUAUUCCGUCCUUAUGAUCUUGAUAGUCCAAAUUCAAAUUCUCAUCAAACACCACCAUCUUCACCAAGUAUAACUAAAAAAUCGACUCCUUCUCCAACAAUUUUAUCAAAUCCUGAUGAAUCACAAACAACAACAACAUCAUUUGGCAAAGAAAAACAACUAUUUAAUUCAUUAGGUCUUGUUCAACAAUCAACUGAUCUUAUAUCAGAAACAUCAUCAUCAACAACAAGCGAAGAAUCAUCAUCAAUAGAAACAGUUUCAUCACAACAAGAUAAUCAUUCAGAUAAAUCUCAUUCUAAUAUAAAAGAUUCUUCAUUAUCAGUUACAUUUAAACGUAAAUCAACUUUUUCAUCCAAUACAAAGCAAUCAUCAAAUCGAAAACAAUCGAAAAUUGAUCCAAUACAAAAUACAUCCGAAUGA